UGUGGGCGGACGCCCACCUCCCAGGAGCAGCCAUGCUACGAGGUGCCUUCAUGCUUUGGAACCUCAGCUUCUUCAAUGUGGAGAGGACCCUGGCACGCAGGAUGCAGCAGAACGCGCAUUACCCCUUCCAGGUGCAGCAGCCCAAUGUGUUUGUCAUGGAGUAUUACAAGGACAUGCUGUGGAAGGGGGCCCUGAUCUUCCUGCUCUGUGUCUUGGGCGGUGUCUUCUACCUCAAGAGUGAGAAGGUCUCCCAGGAUUACUCCGGCUUCUUCAUCUACGGGAUCCUGGUCGGCCUCUGGCUCCUCCUCAGCUCCAUGCACAAGCGGCACCUGGUCAUCAACCACGCCCGGGGCUGCUACCAGAUCUACAUCAAGAGGCAGCUGUGGGAGGAGGGGCCCUUGUACCAGAUCUACGUCCGGCUGACAGCCCAGAUGGACGCCUACGGGAAAUGCUUCUACAGCCUCAUCAUCAACGGCUACGGGCUGGAGGUGCUGGCCCUGGCUAGCCUGUCCGACAAGUACGAGCAGAUGGAGUUCCUGGGCAGACGGAUCGCGCGCAAGCUCAAACUCAACUACUUCGACUACCUGGAUGUGUCCACGCGCCACGUGAUCCGCCACCGGCCCCCGCUGGAGCGGGACAGGGACCUGCAGGUUUGAGGGGGGGCCAAGCCCCAGUAAAGCUUGGCCUCCCUCUCCGCUUGCAGCUGUUUGCACUGGGGGGCCCUGCUGGUCCCCCCCACUCUGGGGCUGGCGGGGG